UACUUCAACAUCAAAAUCUACCUCAAAAUUAGAGCAUCCGCCAACUUACAAUAUCGAUUCGUCGGAGGAUUAAGGAGAAACACGCUCAAAUCGCCGGGAACGAAUCGCGAUUCGGCGGCACUCUCUGGCAUUGGAACCUCUGAGGGCCCGGAAAUAGAGCCAUCAGAUGCCCGAUCCUCUCGGAGUGGAACUUUGAAGAGCAACAAAUCGUUGUGUACAACCCAAAGCAAUUCAUCCAUUCUGAAGAAAACGGGAAAACAAUGGUCUGGGAAGUCGAUAUCGUUUCGAAUUCCAAUGGGUCAUAAAAUGCUCCAAAAGGAAGCGACCAAUGGAAGUAACCAACUGGGAUACAAUUCACCCGAUGAGGAAAUCAGUGACUGGCCAACUUCCGUCGAAACUGAGCACCAAGAAUUCUUGAGGCCCAACCCGAACAAUCGAUUGACUGUGACUCACAAUAAGAGCCCCUCAUUUCGGUCCACUAAUGCUAUGGGAGAUUGCGCAGAGAUGAGGCGAAGACGGGAGAAAUCGACGGUGAUCCUUGUAACAAUCGUUUUGUUAUUUUGUGGUUGCCAUAGCUACCGAUUGGCUCUUAAGGUCUACGAAUUUCUCAACCCUAACAGACACGUCAUGACGAGCUUCAAUCACUGCUACCAAUUGGGAAAGUAAGUUGAUUUGGAAGAAAUCAAUCACCGUACAUUAUCCUUUGAAGACAUUUAGCUAAGAAUGUACUAGAGCAAUGGAUUUCGGAAAUUU